AUGGGUCGUGUUAAACUGGAGAUAAAGAGAAUAGAAAACAACACGAAUCGACAAGUUACUUUCUCAAAGCGAAGAAAUGGACUCAUUAAGAAGGCAUACGAGCUUUCCAUCCUAUGUGACAUUGAUAUUGCUCUUAUCAUGUUCUCUCCCUCCGGUCGUCUUAGCCACUUCUCCGGCAAAAGAAGGAUCGAGGAUGUGUUUACUCGUUUCCUCAAUCUCCCUGACCAAGAAAGAGAACAAGCUGUUGUUGGGAAAGGCAGGCAUUGUGACAUCCAAAACAAAGAGCAGUAUUUGCUUAGGACCUUACAGCAACUAAGGGGUGAAAACGACAUCGCUCUUCAAAUUGCCAAUCCUGCUGCUGUUAACUCCAACAUUGAGGAACUCCAACAGGAAAUUGUUAGAUUACAGCAGCAACUCCAAAUGGCUGAAGAACAGAUUAGGGUAUAUGAGCCUGACCCACUGAAGAUCACAUCCAACAGAGAGAUAGAAUCCUGUGAGAAAAAUCUUGUUGACACCAUGGCGCGUGUCAUGCAGAGAAAGGAAUAUUUGCUGAACAACCAGUUAUCAACUUAUGAUCCAUCCAGUAUGCAGCAAGGAAUGCCGGCCUCUUUCGCGAAUGAAGUCGUCAGUUGGUUGCCCGAUGGUGGUCACAGCCAUGGACACAUUUUUGAAGCAUCUACUUCUCUGAAUCAACUUAGGGAGCUAUCAUCGACGGUAUAUGAUCCGUUUCCUCAAGGAACCAACUCGAACGCGGAUCCACGAAGCAUGAGUGACGGAAGCCUCUCAGCGUGGUCUCAGGGGUACAACUCAACGGGGAACCACUCCACCGCCCUCUUGUCACCGACUUUAUUCCCCCAAAUCCAGCACGGAAUGGUGGGGUCAGACAUGUCGGAGAUGAUGCCACCUGAGCACGUGGAGAUCCACAUAAACGGCUCGCACAUUCAUGUUGACAACGAUGGUGCAAAUUAUGAGAGCGAAGUCUCUCGUUUGAACGGGCAAUAACACCAAGAUUUUGUGGAGUUGUUAUUGGCACGUGACACCAGAGUACGUUGGCGUUUGAGCGGCUUGGAGGAAGAGGAAGAGGAUGAG